AGAAAAUGUGGAGAUUGAGAGCGCAAGUGCUUACCAAUCUGCAAGGGUGGCGAAGAUAACGCACCACCAAGAUUGAAUAGAUAGGUAGUACGUCAUACGACGACAUCUUACGAUAAAAUAUGGCAGUUUUAUUUUUUAAGGUAGGAUGGAUAUAUGCUUUUCGCAGAAGAGCGAUAUAUUUUGGUGUCCGAUGAACAGUGAGAAUAUCGCUCUCUGCUAGUCGCCUGCUCAUUCGGCCAGUUGAGCCACAUUCCACCACGGCCAGCAAUGGUAAGAAGCAACGACGACGAGUUUCUCACCAACUUUUUCAGUGCUAAAUAAGUUAUAGAUUCGAUGUGUGGUCGAGAAGAUAUAAAUAUUUUUUGUUUAAAUUGUGUCUGGGCUGAAACCGAUUUCCAAGUAUCGCCGUUUUGUUGUGAUGAAUUGAAUUGAAGCGUCGUCUGCAUAUGGUCAUCAUCAUCAAUGACUCGAUUGUUGUCAUGGUCUAGGGUGUAGCAGUAAGGCUGAUAAAAUCACUGACAAAAAUGUCGAUAGAUUUGGACAAAAAUCGCGAUUCGAUCGUGCGGGCCUGGAAGAGCGUCGUCGACACCAAAAGCAGCACUAAUUGGGCGCUGUUCUCGUACGAGGGACAAAGCAACGUCCUAAAGGUACAGGAAACCGGUGAGGAUGGUAUCGCAGAAUUGGCCGCCGAGUUUAAUUCCGGCAAGGUGCAGUAUGGAUUCGUACGGGUGGAUAACAGAGAGACUGGAAUUGCUAAAUUUGUGUUCAUCAAUUGGCAGAGUGAAGGAGCACCUACUUCCCGUAAGGGCUCUUGUGCUAAGCACGUCCGGGAUGUUUGCAAUCUGCUGAAGGGCGCCCACAUCACUAUUCACGCGGCCAAUGAGGAUGAUGUGGAAGAAGCGCGGAUCAUGGAGAAACUCCAGAAAGUAGUGGUCAACGAUUUCAAGGUCAAAGAUUACUCGCGGGUCAACGGGCAGUCACGUGUUUCUUCGCUCGCAACAAUGUGGAAUUUGGCAGACGCACCCAAACCGGUCGGCACCAAUUACAAUCGAGUCAUUCCAACGAAGGAGAUCAAUCCGGCCGAGAGGGAUGAGUUUUGGCGCAAAGAGGAGGAAGAAGAAAAGCAUCGAUUGCAGCUGGAAUAUGAGCGUAAACUAAGCGAAACAAUGAAAUUAGAAGAAGAACGUCGUCGUCGGGAGGAACUCGAGUUUGAGAAACGGGAAGCGGCUCUGGAGAGCCCCCAGAGCCCGGCGAAGGCUGACUACGCACGUCAGGUUUCGGACAAUAGUCGAACCGAGCGGGACCAGGAUAUUAAACAAGUCGCUGAAGCUAGCGGUAAGGUGAGUUCGGUUAAGGCCAGAUUCCUUAACAGUACCGCUCCCCAGGUAAGUCCGGUGCAGAUCCAGCAGCAGCAACAGCCUGUAGCACCCGAACCAGUUCUCACACCGGAUUACGCCAAGGAGGAACUGAACCUGAUCAAUGAACUGCGAGCGGAAUUGGAAGCCGAACAAAAUGCACUGAACGGAAAACAAGCGGAAAUGAUACAACCACCACAGGAAUUUUUCGAUCCGAAUGCAACGAUUGAUCUGUCCGAUGAGGACGCCAUGCUCCGGGCGAGAGCCCUGUACGACUAUCAGGCUGCGGAUGACUCGGAGAUUAGUUUCGAUCCCGGGGACAUUAUCACACACAUCGAUCAGAUCGAUGAGGGCUGGUGGCAAGGUCUAGCUCCCGACGGCACUUAUGGCCUCUUUCCUGCAAACUACGUCGAGUUGAUUUGAGCGCACGACGUGAAUUGACCACAGAACAACAUCACUCAUUGUUGUAUUAUGUCUUGUUUCAAAUCUUCUACAUAUUGGUUCUAAUUAUGGAAACAAUUACUGUUCAUCACAUUAAAUCAAAAGGCGAAUUUGAUUCGUAAUUCAAAUGCAAUGCAAUGUAUUCACAUAUAGUCACGUAGAAGCGUGACUUUUUCUUAUUCACAUGUUAUUAUUAAUGAUUUAUUCAUCACACCGUGGCGGUUUUACAAAAGGAAUGACGAGCGAACGAACAAAUUGUCAUGUUAAAAACUCCUGUUAUGCCUAGCUAAUAAUAAUAACAAUAUUAGAAAUAAACUUCUAAUUCUCCUCGAGAA